CCGUCGAAUCUCCCCGCGCGCGGUAGGGUGGUUGGAUUUUUCCCAGUUUGUUAUUUUUUUCCUGUCUUGGGUCAGAUUUUCUAAUUGUGAUCAAGCAGACGAUAUUUAAUUGUAAUCGAAGUGAAGAGGAAGAAAAAAUCGCUUGCAAUGGAUGCAAUCGGAAAGAUCUCUCAGAUUGUCCGGUCGGAGAAAUGACGGACUCAGCCGGACCACCGACGAUAGGAAUCUGUAAAGACCGGCCGUUUAAUUUCGGGGAAAUGGGAAGCGCUUUUCGUGUGGUUACUCCUAAAAGACCAAGAGAGGGAAUUCCUGGAGGAGUUGGUGUGCCGACAUUGACGGCGGCAUCGUUGCGGCCAUCCUUCCCACUUCUUGCCGAUACCUUACCGACUUAUUAUUCGAGCUUGUGGUGCGGUUCUCCUCUUUCCCUCAAGGAUCCCGCUCUACCCCUCUUUCCUCUUUUUCCCCACUACCUACCCUCAUACGGAUUCUCUUCUUCUCUUGAUUCUUCUACUGCACCAACGACUGUUGAAAAUUCACCAAAUGCAUCAGCUGCUCUUUCUGGAGACGCACCCUCUUCAUGGGAAGCCUGCAAUUCCGACAAAGAUGUCCGAUCUUCGAUGACACCUCUGGCCAUCGGAGAAUUCAAGCCUCUGAGUUUGACCACUUGGCCUACAGACUUACGAGUGAGGCCAGUCCCGGUGUCAAGCUGCCACGGAGCGGUCAACUUGUUUCGACAGUCCCAAAGUCCACCCAAGUCAACUGCUGAUGGAAGCAGUCCAAGACUGUUGGGGGCGGUGUCGACAGCACACGCGGACACUCCACCCUCAUCAUUGUUCCGACCCACCUUCACUGGACUGUCUUGCUUUGGUCUGUCUCUGUACAGUUUUGGACAGCACGUGGACAAGACGUCCUUAUCAAGCCCAGACGGCGUGUUAAAGGCUUCCCCUACCGGAGAUGUUUACUCGUGUGUGAAAUGUGACAAGAUGUUCAGCACACCCCACGGACUUGAAGUGCAUGCGAGGAGGUCACACAGUGGAAAGAGACCAUUUGCCUGCGAACUCUGUAAUAAGACCUUCGGUCACGAGGUCAGCCUGAGUCAGCAUAGGGCCAUCCACACAGCGGAGAGAACUUUUGAGUGCAAACAGUGUGGUAAAUCUUUUAAGAGGUCCUCCACAUUGUCUACACACCUACUAAUCCAUUCUGAUACGAGACCUUAUCCCUGCCAAUACUGUGGGAAGAGGUUCCACCAGAAGUCCGACAUGAAGAAGCACACAUAUAUACACACCGGUGAAAAACCUCAUAAAUGUGCCGUAUGCGGUAAGGCUUUCAGCCAGUCCUCUAAUCUCAUAACCCAUAGCAGGAAGCACACGGGAUUCAAACCUUUUGCCUGUGACAUAUGUGGAAGGGCAUUCCAGAGGAAAGUCGAUCUCCGGAGGCACAAGGAGACCCAACAUUCAGAGAUUCAUCACAUACCUUGAACUCAUCUUGUGAUUGGUUACUGAAGAAAAAUAGAAAAGUAUACAAAACUAUGGACCAAGUUUGAUAUGAAAUCAUUUUUUAUGAAAAGUCGAUGAAAAUUAAUGGGGUAUUAGAAAAACAAUUUAUCAAGAACCACUUUUUAUUCAAAAUAAUGACCUAAUUUGGCACUUAAACGCUUGAAAUAAAUAAGACAGCUAAAGUAAAUGGCACGCAGCAGCAACAUAUAAAAUUUAUGAGCAUAGCUUUUAUUUCCUCACGUUUUUAUUCACCCAGUAUCCUAGAAAAAAAAAAUUCAAACCGGAAGUCUUACAGUCCUUCUAUGACGACAUAGCAGCUCAGAGUGUCAAUCUAUGCAUUCGUAUCAUCAAGAGGAAGUUAUAAGCUCCUCUUAGUGUGCUGCCAUCUGCUGAUAAUAGAGAGAACCUCGGUCAUGAAAUAAAAGGUGAAUAGGUUAUUUCUUAUUUUUCAUUUGUUAUUGCCCACAUAUUCUUCUGAAUACAGUCAACAUAAAACAUUAGCAGUAUAACCUAAUUUAUUACUUUAGAGCAAAAGGUAUCUUGGUCUAAAUUGAUUUUGUACAAAAACAGUCUAAUUAUUUUCAUUUACUUGUGUGUGAUAUUUUCGAGUUUUCUUUUUCAUGUGCAAUUUAAAUUUCAUGCUCGGAAAUAACAGAGAAGAAAGCUGCUUAACGAAGCUAUCUUAUUCAUUUCAUGAAUAAUUUUGGAAUGCAGUCAAAUUAUUCUGCAUU